AUGAAGGAGGUGGCGAGCUCGGGACGAAAGACGAGCUCAAAACGGCAGAUGGGUGUAAAAGAUGGAAGGGAGACAGAGUGGACUAUCAUUUCGAGCCUUCCUCGAAAGGUGAGCAGGGGCUACUUCGAAGCUUCGCGUAAAGAGGCGGCCUCGAAUACGAUCCGCCCUUCCUACUCCUGGAGAUUCGUGCAUUCGAAACUACUGCCACCCAGACAAAUCAGAGAAGAAGCAGAACGAUGCUACCAACAAAACAGCCAAGCCAGAUGGGGGAAGACGAAAGACUUGGGAAAAGCGGGGAAGGCAUUGUGGUUGAACUGGCUUCAUUAUGCUGCUAGGAAGAAGGGAAUCCGAAAAAGGGUCAGCGGAACAAAUUGUGUAGCUGAAAUACUUGCCAAAUGGAAAUAUCAGAACAGUGAAUCACACUCUUUGGACACCGAAUGUACUAGGAAAGUACCUGCGAAGGGCUCAAAGAAAGGAUGCAUGCGAGGGAAAGGCGGGCCAGAGAAUUCAAACUGUAAAUAUCGCGGUGUGAGGCAACGAACUUGGGGCAAGUGGGUUGCUGAAAUCCGACAACCAAAACGAGGCAGUCGCUUGUGGUUAGGGACCUACGACACCGCCUUUGAUGCUGCUCUGGCCUACGACGAAGCUGCACGGGCUAUGUAUGGAUCUUAUGCUCGUGUCAAUCUCUCUCAGUUCGAUUCAGGCGGUCAUGGCAAUCUACAAGAAUGCAGCACGUGUAUUCAGGAUGAACACAUCAAUCUUUCUCACUGCAAAAAAUCUAAGUCAGAAACUUUUGAUUCCACCACCACAUUGGAUGCCACAUUAGAAGCAGAUGAUCUAAAACCUGAAGCUGUGAAGGAGAUUAAGCCUCAGCCAUCUUGCUCUGAAGAUCAUCAGACAGAGGAAUUUAUGCUGGCAAAAGAGCCAAUUGAAAAGCAUGAUUGUUUAGAGGAGAUGCCAUUUGAUAUGUUUCACGUUGAUGAGAUUCUUGGGUUUGCUAAUGGAAGUCAUAUUCCAAGUUCAGGAAGCGAUUUUCAGUGUCCAAGCACUGGACAGGAAGCAGAUACAAUGUUCUGGAGCUUGGAUCAAAUGGACUAUGGUUUCCCUGACUUGAGAUUUCUUGAUCCGAUCUUCUUUUCAGAGUUACCUUAGCCAUGUAUUUGGGUUGUGCAGAUAAUUUUUGUUUGAUUUUAGUUAGAAGCUUAUCGAUCAUAAGAACAGAAAAUUGCUUUGUAGGUAAUUGAUAAUCCUUUUUUGUGUGGAUAUGUUUUGAAGUUUAUAGAGGAAUGUAGAUUUAUAUUUGUUGAUGGGGAGACAAGGGGUGCCAUUUGUACUUUUGUUGUAUUAUACUGUGCUAGUUUCUAUUUUGCAGUAAAAUACCAUCAGGUUUAUUCACACUGCAAUUUAACUGUAAAUGCACUAUUGUAGGGAGAAAAUAUUAUCUCCGGAUGUACGGACAACGGUGUGGAUUCGAUCAUGUCUGCAAAGUGGUAUGGAUUCAUUUGCACAUCUGGACAACGGACGACAACC